AUGGCGGAGCCCAACAUGCCCAUGCUGCGCCAGUCACUGGAGGGAACGUUGUCUCCCUUCGCAGAGACUCGCAAGGGCUCUGAAGCGUACCUGAACACGCUUUCGUCGCAGCCCAACUACGUUCUUUUGCUUCUACAAGUUCUCGAGAGCGCAAACGAGAAGCAGGAGGUGCGUCUGGCGGCCGCGUUGCUGUUCAAGAACUUUAUCAAGCACAACUGGGACCCAGAAAAGCAGGGUUGCGUGCCUCAGAGUGAGAAGAACCUGGUCAAACAGCACCUGGUGGAGCUCAUGUGCCGCAUGCCCGAGACUCUACAGAAGCAGCUCAUCGAGGCACUCACGACCAUCGGGGAGUACGACUUCCCUGCUCAAUGGACAGAUCUACUGGCUCAACUGGUGCACAAACUACAGACCGAGCAGGACUGGCAGGUACGCAACGGCGUGCUCAUGACAGCCAACACCAUCUUCAAGCGCUUCCGCAACGUCUUCAAGUCCGACGACUUGUUCCGCGAGCUUAAACACUGUCUCGAAGUCUUUCAGGAGCCAUUGCUCGUGUUUUUCAAGGAGACGGGCGUGGCGUUGCGUGCUCCUGGCGUUGCUGUCGCGCAGCAAGCGCAAAUGAUGACAGCAUUGCGAUACAUGAGCCGCAUCUUCUACUCGCUCAACUGGCAGGAUCUGCCUGAGUAUUUUGAGGACCACAUCGCCGAGUGGAUGGGUGAGUUCUUGGGUUAUUUGAGCUACGAGAACCCAGCGCUUGAGGACGCAGACAACGAGGACGAGCCUGGUCCUAUCGAUCGACUUCUAGUGGCUAUUGUGGAGAACAUUAAUCUGUACGCAGAGAAGUACGACGAGGAGUUCAAGCCGUUCUUGCAGAAGUUCACUGAGGUGAUCUGGAAUCUUUUAGCCAAUCGCAUUACGCUCUUCCCCAAGCAUGACGAGUUGGCCGCCAAGUGCAUGAAGUUCCUGACGUCGGUGGCCUCUCGAUCGUUCCACCGUGCACUAUUCGAGUCUCCACAAGUACUGACAGAACUGUGCGGUAUUGUCGUCACCAAUAUGCAGUUGCGGUCGUCAGAUGAGGAGCUGUUCGAGGACAAUUCCAUGGACUACAUUCGCCGUGACAUCGAAGGAUCGGAUGGUGACAGUCGUCGAAGUGCUGCUCGUGACUUGGUGCGCGGUUUGUUGGGCAAUUUCGACGAAACAGUGACGCAGAUCUGCAUGAACACGAUCCAGACCCAUUUGCAGCAGUACAAGGCCGAUCCUGCGAGGAACUGGGCCAUGAAGGACGUGUCAAUUAAUCUGGUGAUCGCUAUCUCCGCGAUCAAGCAGUCGCGUCUGCGUGGAGUGUCCGAAGUGAACAGCCGAGUCCCGUUGAUGGACUUCUUUAUGGCCGAAGUGCUGCCAGAGCUGUCGACGCCCAACCAGGCGUCGCUCAUUUUGAAGGCCGACGCGAUCAAGUUUGUCUCGACGUUCCGUAGCCAGAUGCCGGUGGAAGUGAUGGAUCAGCUCUUCCCUCUGCUGAUGAACUGCAUGGACCCUUCGCAGUUUGUGGUGCACACGUACGCUGCUGCGUGUCUGGAGCGUCUGCUUACUGUGAAGGACCCGGCAGGCUCGCUUCGCUUCUCUAAGCAACGUCUUGCACCCUACCUAGGCAAGUUGCUUGAGCACGUCUUUAACAUCUUGGAACAACCGAAUUACCCGGAGAAUGACUACCUCAUGAAGGUGGUGAUGCGAGUGAUGAACGUGGCCAAGGAAGACAUCUUACCGUUGACAGACAUGGCUGUCAACAAGCUCACGAGUAUCCUGAACCGCAUCUGCGCUAACCCGAGCAACCCGUCCUUCAGCCACUACCUCUUCGAGUCGCUGUCCGUGCUGAUCCUUAAUGUGUGCAAGACGAACCCUGCCGCGACGGAGCGCUUCGAAGAGCUGCUGUUCCCGCCGUUCCAGAAGGUGCUAACGAACGACGUGGAGGCGCUGUCACCGUACGUGUACCAAGUGCUGGCUCAGAUGCUGGAGCUUCGACCCAGUGGCGUCUCGGAUGCCUACAAGAGUAUGUUCCCCGUGCUGUUGAACCCUACACUGUGGGAACGAGUCAGCAACGUGCCGGCUAUUGUGAAGCUCAUCGAGGCGUACAUGCGCAAGGCCCCGAACGAUGUGGCUCAGUCGGUACAGGGAAUCCUCGGCGUGUUCCAGAAGCUGAUUUCGUCUAGAUCGACAGAAGCAAACGCCUUCUCACUGCUGCGUGCACUCUUUGCGUUCAUGCCACGUGAAGCGUACGGGAGUUUCCUGAACGAGAUUAUUAAGAUUCUCAUGAUUCGACUGCAGACUCGCAUGGCUGGACGCAACUCUGAAGGGUACACGAAGGAACUGGUCUAUACGGUGUCCGUUCUUAUUGGAAAGCUCGGUCCGGACACGUUCCUAGCGUCUCUGGAAUCACUGCAGAAGGGAAUGUCGACCAUGUUCAUCAAGUCUGUGUGGCUGCAGUGCAAUGCGCGUGGUCGCAGUCCCGCAGAGCGAAAGGCUUGCGCUAUUGGCCUCACAAGACUGAUGUGCGAAACGGAGUUCUGCGGCGCCGAUUUAGAUAUGUGGACGGAGAUGUUGAUUGCAGCGGUGAAGGUGCUGGAGGAAGCUGGAGACAGUGGCGCUGCAGUCAAGGACGAGGAUGAAUCGCUGCUGGAGUUGGAGCAGACGGGUUACGAAGCCGGUUACGCGAAGCUGUUCUUCGCGUCGGUGAUUCCACUUGACUACUUGCAGGAAUACCCCGUGCCGACAUGCUACCUUGCUGAAUCGAUCUCGAAGCUGUCAGCCUCCAAACCUGGCGUGCACUUGGCGUACGCCCAGACAGAAUUGCCGACGCCCGCAACGUUGACGUCACUGCAGUCGUAUUUUGCGCAGAACAACGUGCCAUUCCAGUAGAUUGGGUAACAUGGAUCGACGGAAAACUUUCCAAUGUCCGACUUACACUUAGCAAAUCUCAGAGUGUGGGGGGGAAAUGUUGCGCAGCAUGCAGCAGCAUUCCAUCACGAAAGUUCUAUU